AUGCAUAAGAAGAGGAGGAGUUUCCUGGGGCGGCCGAAGAUCUUUUCUGUUAUUUCCCGACAAAGGAGACAAAAGUCGUGUUUUCGAAAUCUACUCCUUUAAACUAAAUAUUGUUCGCUGGAAAGAUCCCCGGAAUCACUCCAGAAAUUGACUCACUUAUUUUCUUUUCUCUUACAGUGUGUGUGUUUGAACAAAAGAAUGCGGUGUCUUCCUCUGAAGACGGUCCUCCUACUCUCCUUUCUCCUUUGCUUCUCUGCCCAACUCAUCCACGGCUACGCUAUGCGUGCUGAUACCUCCCUUGAUCAAGAACCCAACUAUGAAACUCUCGCCAAGUACCUCAUGUCCACAAGAAAAAGGAGCUGCAUUCGUCGAGGAGGAAGUUGCGACCACAGACCCAGUGACUGCUGCUACAGUUCUUCUUGCCGCUGUAAUCUCUGGGGAACGAACUGUCGCUGCCAGAGAGUCGGCAUAUUCCAAAAGUGGGGUAAAUAGACAACCCCCCCACAUGCAAUUCACAAAUUCUAGUCAUUCCCCCUUACCCCCACAGUUUAUCUCAAACUGUUUUUGUUUUCUUGUUUCACAUCCCCAAUGAAUGUCUCGACAAAAUCUGAUUCCAGAAAUUCAUACUCAAUGUUUUGAUCCCCAAAUUGAACAACAACCCGCUUUCAUCGGACAUUUUCUUUUUUUUCAAUUAAACUUAGAUUUUUCAAAAAUAAUUACAAGACUACUGAAACAUAUUUGCAAAACCCGAUCUAUAAAAAAAAAAUUCCUCUCACAAUGUUUCAGAAUGUCCUCUUUUGUUUAACAAUUGUAACUUAUAUUUUUCUGCUUUGUAUAUAUAUAAAACAAUCUUUUUCCACUGUUUGGACUAUCCUAUUUGUGAAAAGAAUUCUACUUUAAUAAAACGUAUUCAUUUAUUUUUUAA